AAGGUCAGCAAUUUAGAAUUUAUUAUUCAAUUAUUAUUAUUCAUAUACAGUCCUCAAAAGCAAUGAGAAUGUUAAGUACGAAAAGUUCUUCAACAUUUCUGCAUACGAUUUCAAACGCUUAACCUGUCAAGAUGGUUGAAAUGGGGAAGCCAUCUGUUCGUUUCUGUAUGAUAGGGGCAGUGAUGGAAUGCCUGCGGAUCGUUCUGGCCGUGACGAGGCCUCUUUCCGAUUGGGUCCUGAACUUCUUCUACAGGCUUGUGAUGGGGAAAUCGAAGGUAUUGCCUCCCAUAGACAACAAGAUACUUCUAUUGUCUGCCGUGGAGUUGGCUGAAAAGAUACGAAAGAGACAGCUUUCCUGUGAAGAAGUGAUGAGGGCUUAUGUGGCUCGAUCCAGAGAAGUGCACAAGUACAUCAACGCUGCGACUGAUGAGAGAUAUGAUGCCGCCUUGAAAGAAGCAAGAGCAGUGGACGCCAUGCUGGCCAGCACCACUAAAACUGAGGAGGAAAUAGCCAGAGAUACUCCUCUUCUAGGUGUUCCAUUCUCCUGCAAGGAGGCCAUAGGUGUCAAAGGAAUGCUUCAAACUUGUGGUUUAGUGCGUGCCAAAGGUAGGCUGUGCCCUAAGGAUUCCGACUCGGCUGCGAUGUACCGAAAAGCUGGCGCCAUACCGUAUGCAGUGACAAACGUUCCAGAACUUUGCAUGUGGUGGGAGAGCGCCAACCAUGUGUAUGGCAUGACGAAGAAUCCAUACGACAACGCAAGAACUGUUGGGGGAAGUUCAGGUGGCGAGGGGGCGAUCAUCGCUGCUGCAGCUGCUGUGAUUGGCAUCGGAAACGACAUCGCUGGAAGCAUCCGCCUCCCGGCUUCCUUCUGCGGGAUUUAUGGGCACAAGCCAUCGAGAGAUCUCAUUUCGAACAAAGGAACUUUUCCCGAUUCCGAAGACGAAUUCGAUCAGUUCGUGAGCACUGGCCCCAUGUGUCGCUAUGCUCAAGAUCUUCCACUGCUCACGAGGGUAUUAUCCAACAACAGUUCAAAAGUUCCAUGGGAUGCUAAAGUUGAUUUCCGUAAAGUGAGAAUUUAUUACAUGGAGGAAAUCCCUGAUUUCUUGCAAAGAUCUACUCCGGAUAUCAAGAAUGCUGUCAGAAAGGCCGUGACCCAUUUCGAAGAACAGUUUGGACAAAAGGCUGUCAAAGUAAACCUACCCGAAAUGAAGUAUGCCUUCAACAUGUGGGAAUGCAAGCUUCUAGAAUGCGGAGGACCAUCUUUCAAAUCUGCCUUGGCUGAAGACGGUAAGAUCAACCUGCACUGGGAACUUUUCAAAUGUCUGUUCGGCCUUUCAGAGCACACCUUGCCGGCCAUUUACUUCGGCAUGGUGGACAGACGCACAAAAGACAAGUUUUACCACAAGUGCCUUGAGAUGUACGAUGACCUCAAGAGAAAGUUCGAAGAUAUAUUUCAGGGAGAUGCUAUUUUCUUGCUUCCAACUCAGUGCGAGCCACCCAUGCAUUAUCUCACAACAAUCCCUAAGUACCCCAAUAUUGGCUACACGUGCAUCUUCAGCAUCCUGGGUUAUCCUUCGACUCAGAUACCAACUGGUUUCAGCGAUGGAGUGCCUAUAGGCAUCCAGGCAAUAAGCAGGCAGUUUCAAGACCAUCUGACCAUAGCAGCUGGUUUAGAACUGGAUAAAGUGUUUGGUGGAUGGGUUAGUCCAUGUCCUAUUACAGCGUAAAUGAACAAUAAAUAUUUAACUCAAUAAAUCUAUGAAAUCAGAAAUAAUCCUCUCGUCAGUUUGAAAAAAAAAAGCUAUUUUUUUUUAUUAUAAUUCAAUGACCAAUUUUAAAAACUACCAAGUUAUUCGCACAUUCAUGACAUAUUUAUUAAAGUCAAAACAAAGAACUUGACAUAACGGAAGCUACAAUUCGUUGCACAUUCAUAUUCUGUUAGAUAUUCCAUAACUGUUGAAUUUGUCCAUAUAAGUUCGAUGCUAUUUUCCUUAUCAAACAGCAAUGCUUAAGCAAUGAAAAGAAUCUUAGCAAUAGGGAAUUUUGUAUUUUUUUAACUUUAAGAAGAUACUAAUACUUGACGGAACUUAGACUAAGUUUAAGAUAGAAAGACUUCAUUUUAAAGGGAUACUAAGACCUUAUAGUUUCUCCUGUAAUCUUCAGACAGUUGAAUCCUUGUCUAGAUUCCAUUCUACGUCAGAAUCCUUAAACUAAAAAACGGUGUAAUAUUUCUAAAACUUAAUAACAUUUUCCUUUUCUGCUUUUGGAUGUCAAAUUCAAAAAUCUUUGCUUAAACUGUGUCAUACCUGAAUUUUGAAAUUCGCGUCUUCGUACUUUUAAUAAAAGAUUAUGUCUUCUGAAGUCCUACCAAUUUUUCAACGCAAAAACUGUUUGCAGUUUUAUUAAAUUACUAAGUUAAUCUAAACAAAUGCUGAUUCUUUUCUUCUUCGAUUCGCCAGACCAUGAUAAAGUACCUGGGAAACCAAUCUUCAUUCUGCAUUUUAUUUUUUGAGAAAAUAUCUAGGUGUAAAUUAUAUUCUGAUUAUAUAUGAAUAUUUUUCAAUAUUUCCUACAUAUAAACUGUUCAUUUAAAUAAAAAAAAAAUCAUGAAUGCACCUAGUUCAAUAUGUUAUUCGAAUUGGUUAACACAAUAAUUGCAUUGUUGCUGUUGGCAAUGCAAAUGUACUACCAAAAUUUACAAAAUGGCGCUAUAUGACAUUGUCAGCUUGAGAAUAGAUAGAAAAAAAGCUAUAAUAGUUAUAAAAAAAUGUUUCUUUCUUGUGUGUAAAAUCGCAUUUUUUCGGGGAAGAUACCUAUAUAGAUAAACUUAAAAAGCAAAAUUUUAUCUAAAUAAUAAAAUUUGUUCCAAAUCAUUUGUGCCGUUUCUGGGAUGCACGAAAUAAAUUUAUAUAUGUUUACAAGAAUUGCUCGUUUAAAGUUAUAAGAUAAAUGAGACCUCUUUCUCCGGGGAAAAGAAAAACUUCUAUCCUUCUCUCUUAAGAUUAUUCAUCACUAGCCGCCAUUGGCGACCAGGCGGUUCGCCAAUCUUAAUGUUCGAUAAAAUUUUAAUAAUUAAAUAUUUUAUGCAAUUCCUACUUUAAUAGUUUCUUCAUCAAAAUAUUUUAAAACUUCACAUUUUGAUAGUCAUAUAAUUCAUUCAUAAUAUUAUAAAGGUCUUCAGUCAUAACGUAAUAUGUAUCUCUCAAAUUUCUGUUAGCUCCCGUAGAAUUUAUGCUUUAAAUGAAAGUGGAAAGGAUUAAUCUGCAAUUAAUAUAAUAAUAUUUUUUACUGAAGCAAAGUAUUUUUUUUUUUUUUUUUUUUGUAAUAUGAUUACUGAAAACAGAGUCACUGAACGUUUAAACUUUAUGGGCACUAAAGAAUAUCUUUCUUAAUUUAUGUAAUAUUUCAAGAAUUUGUCAUCAAAAUUUUCUCAGAUUCAUCAUGACCAGAUCGAUUCAUUAACAAUGUUUAAUUUUAAAUGUAUCAAACACUAAGAAAAUAAAACGAAUCGUUUAAAAUAAUCGGUUGAAAACAGGUUAAAAAAAACUACUUAAAAAACGAUGUACUUAAAACAAUAAGCUUAUACAAAAAAUAUAUAACUAACAUAAAUGCAAUUUAAUUACAAAAGCAUGCAACUAAUCUAAAAAUAAUUUAAAUCAUCCGUUGAUAAUGGAUAAAUCAAGUCCGCAUCCGUUGAUAAUAUUUGUCAACAAUCAGAACACAAUGCGCAUGCGUGCAUUUUCAACACCAGUUGGCGUAACGCAAAUGCUUGAAUUUUCCACGCCAGUUAGUAUAACGCAAUGCAGAUUAGAAAUUUUUAAUUUCCUUUAUUCUGUGUUAUUUUAAUUCAAAAGUACUUCAGAAUGAAUCUGAAAGAUCGAUUCAUUAACAAUGUUUUAUUUUAAAUGCAUCAAACAUUAAGAAAAUAAACAGAAUCAUUUGAAAUAAUCGGCCAAAAAAUCUUAAACCUAGCCUCAUUAGUGUGGGGAAAAAAAUGAAGCCUUACUGAUUUGGCGGUGGGGAAAAAUGAGAAGAUUUUUUCUGGUGGGAAAGUUAGUUUUUAAUUAAUAAUUAAAAUUAUAGUUAAAAAUUCAAAAAAGGACCUCAUGUGCACAUUCCCGACCUCCAAGGUAUACAUGUACCAAAUUUGGUAGCUGUAGGUCAAACGGUCUGACCUGUACAGCACCAACACACACACACACACACACGUUGAGCUUUAUAUAAGUAUAGAUUACCAAUUCACAUAAUUUAUUUAAUAUGAUUGUUUAAAACGUUUCAUGAGCUUAUGAAUAAUUUGGUAUAACAUAAACAAGAUGAAAGUUGGAUCCUUAUUUUAAAAAAAAGAUUUAUAAUACUUUGGAGAUUUCUUGAUUUUAUAUUUAAAUUUUUAUGCCUUCCCAUUUUAUUUUUUGGCAAUCAUUUACUUUUAUGAUUUUUUCUAAGCUGAUCUUUAUCUGUCUUUAUUUAUUUUAUCGCUUUGAUCAUUAAAUUAAAAUAUGAAAGCUAAAUCAAUGAGAUGUAUUGUAUUAAAUAUGUAUUUGAAGCCGUUUAUCUAUACACAAAUUAAGUUCGUGAAUCAAUGUGAAUUUUGUAAAAAUAGUUAAGUAAUUUUAGGUCUCCAUGACGUUCUUAUGUAUUUCUGUGUUGCUGAAAAUUACAUAAAUGGAUAUUUAUCAAUCUUAAUUAAAAAAUAUUCUGAUAUUUAUGUAUAAAAUUCAGAAAUUGUAGAAUUAUUAAAAAUAAGACUUAAUGUAACCAAGCAAUUAUUUUGUGUCUGCAUGUAUAUUUAUCUUGAAAAGAUGAAUUUGUAUUGUGAUUUUUACAAGCAAUAGAAUAAAGUUUUAUCUGUUCAUAAAUUGCAAAUUUUUCUUUUAAUUAUUUCCUAAGCUAAUCUUUAUCUGUUUUUAUUUAUAUUAACGCUUUCUUCAUUAAAUUAAAAUAUGAAAUCUAAAUCAAUGAGAUAUACUGUAUUAAAUCUGUAUUUCAAGCCAUGUAUCUGUACAAAAAUUGUAUCAAAGAAUCAAUGUGAAUUCUGUGUAAAAUAAUUCAUUGAUUAUAGUUCUCCCUGAUGCUUAAUAUAUAUUUCAGUAUUGUGGACCAUUACAUAAAUAAAUAUUUAUCAAUCUUAAUUUUAAAAAUAAUAUUUUGAUAUUUAUAUCCAAUGUAAAACUCAAAAAUUAUAGAAUUAUC